CCUCCUUUCAGCACGGAGGCUGGACUCGGGAGCCAGAGGAAGCAGCCUGGAAUAAGUUUGAGUAUGAAGUAGGGAGUAUCGCAUCAGCCUCGAAUCCGUUUCUCAACCCCAGAGACCAGAACUGAAGCCCUAAUCUGCAGAUAUUUGAUUUCGCCAUUUCUCAUGUCAUCACAAACCUCUCUCUCGUCGAGCACUCAAUCCUGUCCAUGAGUGAAAAGCCUGCAAAGCCUAGACCUCACACCUUUUGACCUUCUCGCCAACAGACCUGCUGUUUCAGGCCAGAUCGAGACCAAACUGGGCCAGGAUGAUGAACCCAUUCUCCUUUCGGCCGGGGCCCGUCACCUUUUGGACGACCGUCACGUACCUGGCUCUGCUCAUACCCAUCGUCAUCAUCAAUGAGCGCACCCCACCAGCACCCAGCAGCGAGUCACCGAUUCAGGGUAUCAACUUGACACAGGCCUGGCUUGACUUGGCUACCCUUACGCGGGCUUACCACCCAUACAACAGCCAUUACAAUGACGACCUCCGGCAGUUCCUCUUGCGGCGGAUACGUUCGACCUUGGAUGGGAAUGGCGCCGUUUGGACGACGGACGGAGAUGGAUCAAACCCGGAUGCUGCUGUAACUCUGUUUGACGACACAACAUCCAACUGCACGUUCCUCAUGGCACCCGGCGUAGUCCCCAACCCCAGCAGUCCCCAGGUCGCAGCUUAUUUCGAAGGCACGAAUAUCCUUGUCUACAUCAGGGGCAAAUCCGAUGAUCAGGGCAAGUGGUGGGAUACAGAACGGGUCCAUGGUUCUCUGCGCAACGAGAGGGGGUUGACGUUGGUCAACGCUCACUAUGACUCCGUGUCGACCGGCUACGGUGCUACAGACGACGGCAUGGGUGUAGUCACUUGCCUGCAGCUGAUACAGUACUUUACCCACCCCGACCACCAACCGGAGAGGGGCAUCGUGGUCAUGCUCAACAAUGGGGAGGAAGACUACUUGUACGGCGCGCGAGCCCUCGGGCAGCAUCCUCUCAACCCAUACAUCCAUACCUUCCUAAACCUUGAGGGAGCCGGCGCCGGCGGCCGAGCCAUCCUUUUCCGCACCACGGAUCGCGAGGUGACGGCGGCCUAUGCCGAAUCACCAGACCCCUUUGGCACCAUCAUAGCAUCUGAUGCCUUUGGCCUAGGUUUCAUUAGGAGCGGCACCGACUACUCGGUUCUCUACGACGUGUUCGGGCAGCGAGGCCUCGAUCUGGCCUUCUUUAAGCCACGCGCAAGAUACCACACCAACCAAGACGAUGCCAGACAUGCUUCCAAGGGCAGCCUCUGGCACAUGCUUUCAGCCUCCAUCCAUACCGCGACUCGCUUGUCCAGCGACACGGGGGACACCUUUGUUGGCCCUCGCGCCGAUGGCGCGCGUGGCAAGGUGCACAACGGCAGCCCAAGCGAUGGGGUAUGGUUUGAUCUCUUCGGAAAGGGAUUUGUGCUCUUUGGUCUGAGAGGCUUGUUUGCUUGGUCGCUGACCGUGUUGAUCGCUACGCCGCUUAUUCUGGUCUUGGCCAGCUACCUCCUUCACAAGGUCGAUAAAUAUUAUCUGUUCAGCUCGAACGUCACGUCUGGUGAGCAGCCUGACGAUGAGUUCGUGUCGGUCGGCGGGUGGAAGGGCUUCUUCCGUUUUCCGUUUGCGUUGUUGGUCGCUGGAUCUUUGACCCUCGGAGCGGCAUUUCUGUUGAGGAAGGUGAAUCCUUUCAUCAUCUAUAGCAGUCGGUAUUCUGUCCUUGCCAUGAUGGUCUCGCUGUUCUACUUCACAUUUUGGGCUAUCAUGCGGGGAGCCGACUUUGCGAGGCCCAGCGCGCUCCACCGAACCUAUGCCCAGAUUUGGCUGUUUAUCCUCGGAUGGACCAUGCUCGUGGCGGUCACCGUUGCUGAGGACCGGCUGAGGAUCGGCGCCGGGUACAUGUUUGUGUUCCUUCAGUCGGCCAUCUUCUUGGCACUCUUCAUCGCACUAUGCGAGCUGUUCGCGUUGCCAAAGAAGGCUGCUUGGGCUGAGAAAGUGCGAGAGGAGCAGGAGGAAUGGGGGUUUCUUCAGGGCCGUCCUCAUAGCGGUCCCUUCUCGUCGUCUCAUGUGCCACCGCCGGUUGCAAACCAAGAGUCAACGCCGCCUGGAACGAGGCACUCGAACAACGCGCCGGCCGCCGGCUCCGCGGCUGCCAGCAGAGGCGGCCAAGACGAUGAGGCGGCAACGGAGGUACUCUCCGAGCGGACACCGCUCAUCGGCGGUAACAGCACAGGGGAACAAACACGCACCACGUUUGCCACGACCUACCGUCGCUCCAUAUCCGCGAUUGUCGACAGUGCCCGCCGGUACAGUGACACUGGCCUUUCUCACGAGCCAUACGAACACGAACAAUCUUGGUCAGGCCGUCUCCCCUCGUGGGCAUGGUUCCUCGAGUUUCUCCUCCUCGGGCCCUUCACAGUCAUUCUCGUCGGCCAGAUUGCCCUCAUGCUAGUCGACGCCGUGCACCAGACGGGAGCAGACGGCAGCAGUCUCCUGUUUCCGUACCUCAUCAUCUGCCUCUGCACCAUCCUCCUCUUCCUCCCGCUGGCUCCUUUCAUCCACCGCGUCACACAUCACAUACCAGUUGUCUUACUGGUCGUCUUUAUUGCGACGCUGAUCUACAACCUGGUCGCCUUCCCUUUUUCGUCGAACAACCGAUACAAAGCCUAUUUCGUCCAGAAGCUGGAUCUCGAUACCGGCACCAACGAAGUUUGCUACGCCGGGAUCGAGGACUACGUCCGCCCCAUCAUUUCCGCCCUGCCCUCGGCCUCGGGACGCAACGUCACCUGCGGCAGCUCCAAGAGACAGGGGCUCGUGAGCUGCUGUUUUGAUGGUGCAGGGACGCCGCCCCGACUCUAUAGCAGCAUCCCCCCUGCUCGGCAUAGGGGUCAGGACGGCGUUGGUGAGGACGACGACUAUCGGAGCUUGGUGGCGGUGAAUGUUACUCGCACUCGCGCGGGAGAUGGAGAUGGCGGCGCGGCGCGGAUUGGAAUUGUCGCCAACAACACCAAGGCUUGUUUCGUGGAGUUUGAUAAGCCCGUGUCCGGCCUGAGAGUGCGCGGCAGCUCCGGGUGGGAUGACCGGUUUGGACAGUACCCUGAAGCCGGGGUGAAGACGCUGAGGUUGUGGCACCGGGAGUGGGAGAAGGAGUGGGUUGUGGAUGCUGAGUGGAAGGAGGAUGCCCAGUUGUCGAAGGUCUCGGGUGGCGCCGAGGAAGGGGAUGACGAUCUCUUGCGCGACGUGGAGUUGGUGAAGCGCGGGGAGGGGCUGAAGGGAGCUGUGGUGUGUAUGUGGAGUGAUGCUAACGUUGAGGAAACGAUACCGGCGUUGGACGAGGCGCUCAGAUUUGUGCCGGUGUGGGCGGCGAUUACGAAGUUUUCUGAGGGUCUUGUGGAGGGGAGGAAGGGGUUCGAGGUGUGAAUGGCAGAGUCCGGGUUCUCACUGUUUAAAUGCGCUUUCUCCUGCUCACUGAUGGGUAAUGUUUGGCGGAUUAGGAGCGAUGAUGUACAGUACGGUAUGCGGUGGGUUCGACUUCGGCGGGCCAGCUGGAGGAAGCUCUGGAGUCACGGCGUUCUGGUCUGGGUUUGGGCACUUCAUGUAUGCUAUGCCACUACAGUGAUAACUGUCAUAACCGGUAAUCAAGCGUGUUGCAUGCG